AAAGUGCUGACACACGUUCGAGAUAUUAUCAAACAUCUGAAUACCUAUUCAUAUUUGAUUGAAAUUGUAUUUGGAAGAGAUUUAGUACUGUAGUUCACUUCUGUGAUAUUCCCAUGUAAUGCUUAUUUUAGUGUUUUGACUGGACUAGGUAUGGAGCUGGGACGCGGGCAGCAGUUGUAUUUAACGACCCUCGUGUCGAAUCUGAUCCAAUCCAAAGCGUCUUUCAUUUUCUUGGUUACCUCUCGCGAGAGUUGUGUUUUCUGUCAACGUUGUACGUGGCUUCAAAUGUAAUGCAGGGCGGGGAAGGAGUUAGAAGGAUGCUUAAGCUAGCAACCUGAGAUUGUUAGUACAAAAGUAAUGCAUGGUCAUAUGUUUAUAUUUUGAGGUUACAGAUUUAUUACGAAUGUCCAAUUUCAUUUGUAUUGGGCGAGAUUGCUUGUCUCAUUUUGACAGCCCAUCCAGCUAGCAUUGGCGGAGGCGCGAUUUUGCAAGCCAUAACAGCUCUGGGUUAACGUUAGCUAGGCAGCUACUGUAGUUUGCUAGCAUAUCCUCUAUAAUCAAUAACCAAUCAAUAUGGCAAGUGUGGAGUCGUCGACGGAAUUCACUAGUUCACUGACUGUCUCGUCUCAUCUUCCGCCACCACGGACGCGAAUUUUCAAGAUCAUCGUGAUUGGGGACUCCGGUGUGGGCAAGACCUGCCUCACCUACCAAUUCUGUGCGGGCAAGUUUCCGGAGAAAACCGAGGCCACGAUCGGGGUGGACUUUCGGGAGAAACUUAUCGAGAUUGACGGCGAGAAAAUCAAGGUUCAGCUAUGGGACACGGCAGGCCAGGAGCGUUUCCGUAAGAGCAUGGUGCAGCACUACUACCGCAACGUGCAUGCUGUGGUGUUCGUGUACGACGUGACCAGUGCCGCCAGCUUCCGCAGCCUCCCGGCCUGGAUCGAGGAGUGUAAGCAGCACGCUCUGGGCCAGGAAGUCCCGAGGAUCCUGGUUGGGAACAAGUGUGACCUGCAGAACUCUGUCCAGGUGGGCACAGACUUGGCCCAGCAGUUUGCUGACGCCCACUCCAUGCCCUUGUUCGAGACAUCUGCCAAGAACCCCAGCAGCGACGGCCAUGGUGACGGUAGCCAUGGUAACAGUGAUCACGUGGAGGCCAUUUUCAUGACGGUAGCCCACAAGCUGAAGUCCCAGAAGCCACUGAUACUGAGCCAGCCGCCCGGGGGGGACACGGUGACCCUGACGAGGGGAAGGGACGAGGGCGAGGAGAAGGCGAGCUGGGCCUGCAUGUGCUGAGAGAGAGCAUUGGGGGGAGCAAGAGAGGAAGGUUGUGGGGAGAUAUAGGAAUCAGGGUAGAUUCCUCUACUUCCAAUAUCAGGGUAGAUUCCCUCCUAACAGUUAAGCACCUUUUUAUUAUUUAAGUGGAUGUUUGGUCACCUGAGAGAUGGGGUGAUGUCAUCAUAUUACAAGAGUUCAGGUGCCCUCAGUCUUUGUCAACACACAUAUCACUCACCUCCUGUGCUCCACCUUGACCGUGUGUUACCACACACACGUUCUGUGUUAGGAGGUAGUCCUGACGGUGUUAGCACUGUCAUCAUAUGGUAAACAUCUCAGUGACAUGGGAAAGCUAAGGAUAAAAAGGAACUUGUUUGAAGUGAAUCUUGUUGACUGGUUCCACUGAACUGUGUUUGAGCUAGAAAACUGUUGGCCAGAUUGAUGUACAACAUAUAUUCAAUUUACACACAUACACACCUCAUAGUAUACAGCAGGCAAUAUCAGUACACAUCACUCAGGCGUUUCUGUACCAAAAUACCCAUCCAUAGGGUUUAUAAUUGUGACCCUACGCAAGUCCCACAAUAUACAAAAGUUCUCUUAAGCAAAGUUAUGAUCUUCUGUAGCAUGUCUUGCAUAAGUAACGUCUAUAAAACAACUAUUACAAUAUACAAAAAAUACCAUGUAUCUUAAAUCUUUUCUAACUGUACUGUGUUUUCUACCCUAUGAUGUCAUCCCAAAUGCCUUCACUACCGUCACCAUUGCUUUGUGCGUUUGGAUCACAGCUGGUCCUGUGGUGCAUCGUUUUAUGUGUGUUAGUGAGAAAGAUGUGGGCAUAACAUCAGAUCAGUACUGUGAGUGCUGCACGGUGUGAUGCUGUGUGAUGCUGCACGGUGUGAUGCUGCACUAACCACUCCGCCUGAUGAGAUCACUGUUGAUGUGGGGCAAGACUCGUCAUCAUUCCCUCUUCAUAAUCUGCUUUGGCAAAGUAAUGAUGACAACUGCUAACAAUGCAUGGGUAUCUUUAUCUUUACAACAAGCCUGUAAAAUGUGUCAAAAGUGGUGGUGAGGAGAUUGAUAACCUGUAUUGUUGCCGUUGAACCUUAGCUAAUAGACCUGCUUCUUUGAACAUGGGACAGUUGCAAAGAAACCCCACCAGUGAAAUGACCCUCUAAUGAAGACGGUUGGUGUUUAUGUACUGUAUGUCGGAUUACCGGGAGGUCUUUUCGUAUAAUUACCGUUUUUAGCCAGUAAGGAACAGAUGCCACCCCACAGUAUGUCAACACAACAAUUAGCUGCGCUAAAGUACUGUGGGCUUAGAUAGCCUUUUCUCAGGAUACAGUUCAAUUAAAAGAUAUUCACUUUCUCUGACCUGUUGCCCUUAGAUUGGUCUAUAGAACUAGACAAGGGGGGAAAAAUGGUAGGCUUUAUCAAUUGCCUUGCACUCUUGUUUUGCUUACAUGUGGCCUUCACUGCUUUAAAUAUUUUUUUUUUUUUUAUGUGUUCUGUUAGUGCUCUGUGUGGUUAAUUUGUCAUUUCAGGUUAAUCCAAUUUUUUUUCUUUUUCUGUUCAUUUUAUUUGGGCUAUUUGAUACAAAGGUAUGUCUGUUUGAGAAAGACUGUUUAUUUUAACGAGACUGAUCACUUCAGGAAAGAACUACUGGGAACAAAACGAGGGAGUAAAGCCUUGCAAUGGAUUACAUUACAAAUGUUAUGUGUAACCUUGCAAUAAAGCAUCCUCAACAUUUCAA